AUGGCCUGCACCGGAGCUUUGCUAGCUCGGCGGGCUCCAUGGAUCGCAACACGGAGGUGCCUCCGUCGGAUCCCUGUCAAGUGGAGGCUCGAGAGCAGAGCCUGGGCCAGCGGCCCUCCAUCGGCGACAAUUCGCAGACAACAGUUCGAAGUGGGAGCUGCUACCUUGAUCGAGGGCCUCGAUCUGACCGUCCAAAGUGGCGAACGAUGGGCUCUGGUAGGCCCCAACGGCUCCGGGAAGAGCAGGGUCGCCAAGGCUCUGACAGAGACGUGGGUCGCUGCCGGCGGUCCUUCCUCUGCAGGUCACGUUUCCUUUGAUCUGCAGACCAAAAUGCUUCAGGAUGAGCGCAGGGACUUCGAAGAGAGCCGCUACGAGUCGCGACACUUGCGAGCAACAGUUGCAUCCUAUCUGUUCCCAGAUCGCUACCCAGCGGACCCCGACUAUGAUCCUGCUACUUGGGGUUAUCGACCCCCGCGGACGCGCGUGUCCCCACUCCCGGCGCCAUACGAUGCGAGCAGUUCUCACCCCUUGCUGGGUGAGCUCGAGGCGGCAUCGACCAGAGGUGAGGCGGCUCGGCUGUUGAAGCUCUUCGGCCUCUUUGAGCUGCGCCACCGACCGCUCUUCGCCCUCUCCACGGGUGAGGGGCGGAAGCUGCUGCUGGUGGAUGCGCUACUGCAGCAGUCCAGUUUGCUGGUCCUGGACGAGGCGUUCGACGGCUUGGACAAAGACUCCCGAGCCGAGCUGCAGAGCGUUCUGGAGGCGGUUUUUGAGGACAAGAGCAAGACCCUUGUGAUGAUUGCACACCGGGUGGAAGAUCUCACUCCUGUCCCGACGCACGCAUUGCUUCUUGGGCAAGGCCCGAAAGGCACGGCCUGCAGUGCUGGCAGUUGGGCCGAGAUGAAGGAACCCAUUUCCAGGUUCUUGCAGGCGGACAAGAUGGCUGCGGUGUCAUUGGCAUCACACUCCAGCCAGCCAUCCUCUAGACUAGCCGCUCCAGAGGAGCGCGGACAACUCGGAGAAGUGCUAGUGGAAUUCAGGAAUGUUACGAUCCAGUAUGGCCCGAUCUUUGUUUUCAAGAAGCUAAAUUGGACCGUCCGUCAGUCUGAAAAAUGGAUUGUGGUCGGCGGGAAUGGCACGGGCAAGACUACUUUGGUAGAUCUCAUCACAGGUGAGAAUGUGCAGGGCUACCAGCAAGAUAUUCAUCUCUUCGGCCGUCAAAAGGGAAGUGGGGAGAGUGUCUGGGACAUCAAAAAGCAGCUUGGGGUGAUCUCCAGUGAGCUCCACAUGGAGUACAUGAUUUUUUCAGAUCCACGAUUUGACCGCAAAGUAACUGCCUGGGAAGUUGUUUGUUCUGGACUCUUCGACAGCAUCGGCUUGUACGUGGAGCCCACCUCAGUCCAAAGGAUGGCUGUGCUCGAAUGGAUUGACAAACUCGGUUUGCAGGAGCUGGUGAUCUCACCAAGCUGCGACAAGGCUCUGGCUGCCUUGGCGCCUUUUUCAUCAAGCCCUAUGUUCUUCGAUCUUUCGCACGGGCAGCAGAAACUGGUGCUGCUUUGUCGCGCAAUGGUGAAAGAACCUCGCUUGCUCCUUCUCGAUGAGCCCACCCAUGGGCUGUCCGGAAGCAACCGCGCGAAGUUCCUGUCGCUUCUUCAGCGGCUCGCGCAAAGCUCGGAUGUGGCGAUCAUCCUCGUCACCCACAGGGAAGAUGAGAUUCGGUCGCUCGGCUUCCCCAACGUCCUGCGGCUGCGAAGGGACCAGGAGGGCCAAGAGGACUCGAGCAGCGCUGCUCAGUGA